GCGUACGUGUCGGGAAGCGAGAAUUGUUUUGCAACCUGGUUGCUAGAUCCCCAUGCUAUAACGCGGUGCUGGGAGUUGCUUCCUGUGUAAUUACUUCUGUUCUGGAUGUGCUCCUGACUCAUCCAUCCCCCCCGUCACAUGGGGCAGGCCACUUCCCGCCAUGCCUCAGUUUCCCCAUCUGUAAAGUGGGAACUUUGAUACUUACGCUUGUGCUGAGGGACUUUAUAAACCGAAUUAUUCACCUGUGGAUGUACUGCUGGUGGUGUUGGCUCCUAAUGAUCCAGUGCUUGGGGUGAGGGGGGAAAAAUACCUCGAUUUACAGGCAGGCAGCACCUGCAGGGGCAGGGAAAUGUUAUUUCCAAUUUAGGCAUCAGAAGGCUGGGGCUGGGAGAAGUUAAGGGGCUUGUUCCGGGCAAGCUGCGCAGUGAAGCUGGGCAGGUUUCGCUCUUGCCUGUGUUUGGCCUUGGUGCACCCCUCCUGGCAAAGGGGGAUCCCUUCUGAACAGAGGCGAGCCAGCACCGGGCUGCUCGCUUCGCUCUGGCUUUUUCAGCCUUUGAAGAGAGCCUGUAUUUAAAGUCAAGUGGAUCCGCUUCUGCCAUGCCAGCGCAUCGGGGAGCGAUGGGCUUAUGUAUUUAUCUUUUUCCAAACAAACCCGCGGCGUUGGGCAGAACUGCUGCUUCUGCUGAAGCCUUGCCGAGAUGCGGGGGGCUGGUGCCAGAUCUGCCACCGGUGCCUCGUGUGACCAGUCUCCUUUCCUCUCCGGCCACCGCAGAGGCUCCCGUUCCUGGGGAAGGUGCAGCAGGUGCCUUGGGUUUAAGCGUUUAAGCUCAGCUCUUUAUAAAACACCCUUAGCAGCAGGCUGGGGUGGCUGGUGCUCCCCUGUUCCUGCGCACCAGUGCCCUCGAGCGCUGAGCUUGCUGUGCCCUUUCCAAAGGAUGCUUGCUGCCAGCGCCCUGCCCGCAUCUCUCUGAGCAUGUCUGCAGAGCCUGGGAGCCCAGGGAUGAGCAAUGGGAACGGUUUUCCCAGUGAUUACGCGAUGGUAUCAGGAGUUUGGCUGGGCAGGGCGAGGCUGAACGAGCAGGGGACCUUUCCAGUAGAAGUGGCGGGAUUGGGAAAUACUCCCAGAGGUGGACUGGGGUCCACUGGUGAGGCUCAAGCCACUCUAGCCCAACGCCAGGCAUGCCAGCCAGCUCGGUCCAGAUGCUGUCUGGCUGUAUUAACCCUGCUCCUUGCCAAGGCUUGCUAGUUCUGGCCCAGAUCCGUGCUAAUUCAGCUGUUCUUCCAGACUGAGAGCACCUGGGUUGUGUUUCUCCUCCUCCUUUCCCAGAGCGAAGCCUUUUGCAUCGAAGAUGGCGGGUGGCGUGGACGGCCCCAUAGGGAUCCCGUUCCCCGAUCACAGCAGCGACAUCCUCAGCAGUCUGAAUGAGCAGAGAAACAACGGGCUGUUGUGCGACGUGGUCAUCUUGGUGGAAGGCCAGGAGUUCCCCACCCACCGCUCCGUCCUGGCAGCGUGCAGCCAGUACUUCAAGAAGCUCUUCACCUCAGGGUUAGUGGUGGACCAGCAAAACGUGUAUGAGAUAGACUUUGUGAGCGCAGACGCCUUGUCGGCUCUGCUGGAGUUCGCUUACACCGCGACCCUUACUGUCAGCACUUCAAAUGUCAACGACAUCCUCAAUGCCGCCACACUGCUGGAGAUCCCGGCGGUAAGGGAUGUUUGCACGGAUCUCCUGGACAGGAAGAUUCUGGCCAAAAAUGACCAGAUGGAUACAGUAGAUCAAAUUGAUCAAAGGAACCAUCUCAGAGCAAAAGAGUACCUGGAGUUCUUCCAGAGCAACCCCGUCAAUGGCCACCAAGGCAGCUUUCCGUGGACCAACCCAGAGUUGAGAGACCUUCAGAGACUGAACUUCCAAGGCCAAGAGGAGGAGGAGGAGGCGGACUGCAAUGGCGGCAUGGACUUCUACUCGCAAGCCCCCCUAAACGAAAGACCAAAGGCGAAUGACUGUGAUCCUGACAGCAACCCAGCCAUGUGGCUGGAAAGAGAAGAGGAGGACGCGGCAGCGGCUCCUGGCUCCUUGUUUUCACCUUCUCAGAACGGACAUUACAGUGGCCGUAGCCUGCCCACACCGGGAGAAGAGGAGGGGACCCCAGGGGGGCCUCUGGACCAGCAGGAAGCUGGCGACUCCCCCAGCUUUGUUCCUGCUGUGGUGAAGACGGAGGAUGAUUCGAGGGAGGUGGAUGGCUUGGCUGCCAGCACCCUGCUGCAGCAGAUGAUCAAUUCCGUGGGGAGACAGCAGCUUGGGGAGGAUGACCGAAAGGAUGACGAUGGGGUCAUGGAUUAUUACUUGAAAUAUUUCAGCAGUUCGAACGAGGGCGACGUCUAUCCGUCCUGGUCCCAGAAGGUGGAGAAGAAGAUCAGGGCAAAAGCAUUCCAAAAGUGCCCCAUCUGCGAGAAGGUGAUCCAGGGGGCUGGCAAGCUGCCGCGCCACAUCCGCACCCACACCGGGGAGAAGCCCUAUGAGUGCAGCAUCUGCGAAGUCCGAUUCACCAGGCAGGACAAGCUGAAGGUUCACAUGAGGAAACACACGGGGGAGAAGCCGUACUUGUGCCAGCAAUGCGGCGCCGCUUUCGCUCACAACUACGACUUGAAGAACCACAUGCGCGUCCACACCGGCCUGCGGCCCUACCAGUGCGACAGCUGCUGCAAGACUUUCGUCCGCUCCGACCACUUGCACAGGCACCUUAAAAAAGAUGGAUGCAACGGUAUUCCAUCCAGGAGGGGCCGUAAACCCCGGGUGAGGGAUGCCGGGGGUCUGCCUACCACCCCUACGGGGAACCCCGAAGAUGGAAGUUUUCAAGCCGGUGGGGAGAGUCAAGAAUCAGAGGACACCCUGCAGAGGAACGGCCAGGAGCAGCAGCACUUUGAGGAUAAUUCAAAUAAUGAAGCGUCAGGAUUGAAUGUAGCAGGAGGGUCGUCCGAGGGUAACACGCAAGGACUCUCCUAAACCAAAAAAA